UAAUGGUACGUGUACACUGUAGAGAAAAUCUACCUAGAUUUUAGAUUUAGAUACGUUCUCUAGGUGAGACUUGCCUAUGUUCUGUGUACACUAUAACAUAUUUUGGCCCUCGCUAGACCUUCGUAGAUAUUUCCUAGAUUAAUUCUAUACCAAUUUCUCUAUGUGGUGUGUACAUAACAUGGUAGAUUUGAUCUCGUAAAAACGUAUAGGCAUUAUUGCACCGUAGUUUGUUGGAAGUAGUUUGAAAUGUCGCGAAUUAAGAAAAUUGCAGCUGCCUCUGUUAUUUUAAUAACGAAGAAGAGAAAAAAUGUUGAGCUAAAAAACAAGAAGAGAAGGAUGUGGGUUAGGAGCUGGAUUUCAAUAAGACAGGAUAGUGGUUUUUUUGCUCAAUUGGUGAAAGAAUUACACAGCGAAGACAUGAAUUUAUUCGCUAACUUUUUACGCAUGAGUAAUAAGGACUAUGAAUACUUGCUUUAAAAAGUUGAACCAUUGAUUUGAAAACAAGAUACUCAUCUUAGGCUAGCUAUUUCACCUUCAGAACGGCUCAUGCUUACUUUACGGUUUUUAGCAACAGGAGAUAGCUAUCAUUCCCUGCAAUACCUUUUUCGGAUUCCAGUCACGACCAUUUCAAGGAUUAUACCUGAAGUUUGUGAAGCGAUAUUUACUGUGCUGAAAACGGAUUAUCUCCAGACUACAAAUGUUAGAAACCCAUCGAAAACAGCCAAAGAAGUACGAGAACAAUUUAAAAAUUAUUUUGUAUCCAAACAUGGUGAAGUCGCCUGGCAGUAUAAAUAUAUAUAAACAUAAUACCAUUUUAUCUGCUUAAUGUAAUAUAUGUUUCUAAUGCUGAAAAAAUGUUUACUCA